AUGUUUGCUGUCUCUGCUUUGGCAAAUCCUUUGGCAAAAUCACCAUUUUAUUUGACAAAACGCGCUCCUCUUUGCGGCGAUGUGUGUACAUUUAUGUGUGGAGCUUGCGAAUGCACUGCUGGUGGAUGCGACGAUACACCUACUUGCUCCAACGAUGACGUCAAAUGCACUGGUGAAUGCGGCGAUGUAUGCAACGGUAAAUGCGGAACUAUUACCUUUAAUUGUACUGAAUGCACUGGAACUCCUCCAGUAUCAUUUAUAAAAGUGGGCAUUCAGACUAUUACACUUUACGAAUCAGAUAUAACACAUUGUACAAGAUCUGAAAGACCUGAUGCAUUUUAUGAAAUAUUAAUGGAUGAACAGCAGAAAGCUACAUUUAAAGCUAAGAACACCGAAAGGAAUAAAUUUUAUAUCUUUAUUAAUAAAGGUUGUGGUGUUAACGUUAAUGGUUUGAUUGCAAUUGCUGCCAGCGAAAACCCGAAUCCACCAUUGAAAGAACAAUCACGUCAACAAACAAUCCUAACGAUGAUGAAGAUAUGA